AUGUUCCAGGCAGCGACAACGCACAGCGCGCCAGUUGCCACAAACGGCAGGGCCCUCUCUACAAACGACCCGGUGAAGAGCGGCGCCUACGGCGGCGACGGCGGCGACGCGUUUGACGACUACAAUACGCUCGGGCCUUCAUCCUUGGGUGUGUCCUCGAUUCAAUUGUGGAGCGGGAACGCGAUUGACCGGCUCGUGAUCACCUACAAGGACGGCCACGAAGUCACGCACGGCGAUAACAGCGGCGGGAGCGCCAGUGAGACCUUCAACGUUGGUUCAAGCUACAUUACCAAGGUGUCGAUUCGAUCGGGGAACGUGGUUGAUCAGCUCCAGUUCGAGCUCGCUGAUGGAAAAAAGUCGGCAGUCUACGGAGGCAAUGGAGGCGAUGCGCACUCUUGCCAGGCUCCCGAGGGUACCGCAAUCGUUUCUUUCUUCGGAGGUGCCGGGAACUCUCUCGAUCAAAUUGGGUGCUAUACGAUUCCGACGUGCAGCGACAUUGGUUCGGUCACCGGAAAAUGGGUUGCAGACGUCUACACGGACGGUGAUGCAACCAUUGAGCAAAUGUUCGGCACCGCGUCGUCUACCACGUACACGCGGGACGAGUCUUGGUCCGAUAGCGUCACGAACACGCUAAGCGGGGGCUUCGAAUUUGAAGGGUCAUCGUCUAGCGUCCAAGUCUGGCGGUGGGAGUUUGAUACGGCAGACUCAUGCGGCGACGCGCAGACGUUCAAAGACUACGUCACCACGAACGACGUCGAUCACGAGCCGUGCUGCCCUCCAGGGAACAGCCUGAGUUGA